GAGCAGGACCCGAUACUACUGAUAUAUAUAUCGCGUUCUUUGGUGAUAUUUCUGCGCCCUCGACCAAUUUCACCUUUGCUCAUCUUUACAAGAUCAUCACUACUGGACGUUGACAAAGAGUAAUCAGCGUCAUGACAGCCGAUGAGGCGAAAACCAGUAAGGCAGCCAAAAAAUCGAGAAACGUCCAGGGACUGAGCCUGAGAUCCGGCAUUGACAAUCCGAACCCCAUCCAACAUGGUAACAUGGGUCAAGCCGAGAGGGCAUUCUCGGCCACGUCCACGUUCUUGUCAGGAAUCAUGGCCAUUUCAGCAUCCCAAUUUUUAGGAGCACCUCUGAAGCUUAUCGAUCCAAAGGCAUACGAGUGCUACAUGGCAAAGACGAAGGAGUCAUUUGCAAUCUUGAUGACGACGAUCACGCAGUGGUGGGCUCCGACAGUCAUCAGAGUCUCUGGCGAUGAGAGCAUGAAGGAUCAGCUAUAUCAGAUGAAAGAUGGCUCGCUGAAAUGCAACUUCCCACAUCGACUCGUCUUGAUGGCCAAUCACCAGCUAUAUACCGACUGGCUGUAUCUCUGGUGGAUCGCGUAUACGAAUAACAUGCAUGGCCGAAUCUACAUCAUCCUGAAGGAGAGUCUAAAACAGCUGCCUAUCAUCGGAUGGGGAAUGCAGUUUUACAAUUUCAUCUUUUUGAGCCGACGAUGGGAGCAAGACAAAUUGCAUUUCAAGGUCCAGCUCGAUCAGCUUAGCAAACCAGACGAUCCCAUGUGGCUUCUGAUUUUUCCGGAAGGAACGAAUCUGUCAGCGGAAAUGAGGGAGAAAUCGACAGCAUGGGCAGAAAAGACCGGCAUUCCAGAUAUGAAGAAUCAACUCCUGCCACGAAGUACUGGUCUCCAGUUCUGCCUACGAGAGCUACGGCACUCCACCAAUUGGGUGUACGACUGUACCAUCGCAUAUGAGGGUGUCCCCGUCGGAACGUACAGUCAGGAUGUGUACACACUCAGAUCUUCAUUCAUCGAAGGCCGACCUCCAAAGUCUGUCAACAUGUACUGGAGGAGGUAUAAGAUCUCCUCCAUCCCGAUUGACAAUGACGAGGUAUUUUCGAGGUGGCUGCUGAAUCGAUGGAGGGAAAAAGAUUACCUGCUGGAGUACUUCAACAAGUUUGGACACUUUCCCUCUUACGAGGCCAAGCAAGCAAUUGCUGCCGUUGAGGGCAAAUACGACCCGAAGCAUGCGAAAGCAAUCACAACAACGUUGAAAGGUGGUGGAUGGGAUGAGUUCCUUGGCAUCUUUGGACCGGUGACAAGUGCGGCUGGCGCUCUCAGUGCUAUUGAUCUGACCGAGCCUCUGAAACUUGACGAGAUUGUGCAAAAGCUUGCUGAGUCUCAGCAACUCAAUUUGGCGGAGUUGCAGAAGACGACGAGUCUGACCAAAGAGCAACUCAUGAAAGGAUUAAUUUCAGCAUCCGACAAGCAUGCUCCAAUAUCCACAUUAUUGAUGAAGAACCUUCUUUCCCCAAGAUCUGACAUCGUCCAAGCAAACAACAUAGCCACGCAUGAUGUCAACAAGCCUCGCAGACCAGCAGCAAAAAUCAAGAUAUCCGCCAAAGCGACACUCGCUCCAGCAUCGCCACACAAAACAGCAUCGGCUGUGGCGAGGAACACAAUACAGAAACAAGAAUCUCUGCCUUUGCCUUCAAAGCACGCGACAGCGACUCCCGCACAAAGGAUUCGUGCCAAGCUCCCAAUGACAAACACUGAACGGCUGAUCACUCACCCUCUCAGCACUGUCGCGGUCCAGAAUGUAGCAACAACGGCUCAGAAAAUCGCGGUCAAGCGAUUGAGCACCAUCGAUGCAACACGAAGUCGAGCUGUAAAUUCACAGUCUUCGCAUAUAAAAGCAGCGGCCACCAAAGUUAAACCUUCAGCGAAGAACCAGGAUGCCAAACAGCUGCUUGCUUCACCUGCCGCGGGAUCCAAAGCAGUCCUCACUCGGAGACUGCUGCAUUCAGCCCCAUCGGCGGUUACCAAAAGGGAAUCACAGGUCGUUGGUCGAAAGGCUCUGAAGUGAGGUGCCUCCAGUAGAUAUUCAGACUCGCCAGUUACCUAGAAGAUCAGAUAGUAAUUGUGUAAAUCGGGGCACAAAUCGAUAACCAAAGUAAUUUCCUUG